AUGACGCUUAGUGACCGUACCGUCGGCGGCGUCGGUUUGCUGUGUUCGAUCUCCUUCUUCCUCUACUACACGCUAUGGACCCUGCUCAGCCCCUUCCUCCCGCCCUCCUCUCCGCUCCUCAUCCUCUUCCCGCUCUCUCGUGAAUGGGCAAUCCGCCUCCCCGCCCUCAUCCUCCUCUUCGGCCUCUGCUUCGUCGGCAUGGUCACCGGCUUCGUGUUGAUCGAGACGGCGAGGAAGAAGGAGCGAGCGCGACGGCUGAAAAUGGUGGCAGGACGGCAUAGCGCGGGAGGAAUGAGAAGGAAGGGCGAUUGA